GAUUCAAACCACCCGCAUCGUCAUGUCACUGUCACACGUCUUUGGUGAACUACCGUUCUCGUUGUUCGAGUUUUGACUUUCAAACUGCACCAGAGGCUACCCCUGAGAGCACCUGUAGCCCUUCUCGCAGAUUCACCAUAAUUAACGGCACUCCUAGAAAUUCAGGGCCACGUGCUGCUUUCGGGAAUUAUCCGGCAAACUCGUCGUAAAACUGCGGAAAUCACGUGCCAAAAAGAUUUCUUUCUCUGCGCACGCGUAAGGCUCCCAGCGCACGCAACCGCAGUUAACCUGACGUGGCUGUGAGGCUCGGUGGCGCGAGUUAAAAUGGCGGAACGUGGCUACAGUUUUUCUCUCACCACUUUCAGUCCUUCUGGAAAGCUUGUUCAAAUUGAAUAUGCUUUGGCAGCUGUUGCAGCAGGAGCUCCAUCAGUUGGAAUUAAAGCUGCAAAUGGUGUGGUACUAGCAACAGAGAAAAAGCAGAAAUCUAUACUGUAUGAGGAACGGAGUGUUCACAAAGUGGAACCUAUUACUAAACACAUAGGUUUGGUAUAUAGUGGCAUGGGCCCUGAUUACAGAGUACUUGUUCAUAGAGCUCGUAAAUUGGCUCAGCAAUACUACUUGGUUUAUCAUGAGCCUAUUCCAACAGCUCAGCUAGUGCAGAGGAUCGCUUCUGUGAUGCAAGAGUACACUCAAUCUGGAGGUGUACGUCCAUUUGGAGUGUCACUAUUGAUAUGUGGGUGGAAUGAGGGGCGACCAUAUUUAUUCCAGUCGGAUCCAUCUGGAGCAUACUUUGCAUGGAAAGCAACUGCAAUGGGGAAAAAUUAUGUAAAUGGAAAGACAUUUCUGGAGAAAAGAUACAAUGAAGACUUAGAGCUUGAAGAUGCUAUUCAUACUGCUAUCUUAACAUUAAAGGAAAGUUUUGAAGGACAGAUGACUGAAGAUAACAUAGAAGUUGGAAUCUGUAAUGAGGCAGGAUUUAGAAGACUCACUCCAACUGAAGUUAAAGAUUAUCUGGCUGCAAUCGCCUAAUCUUGAUUGAUUGAUGAAAACACGCAUCUGCUCUCACUUUUUAACUUCAUUUAUAUUAGUGGCUUUGGAUUUUAAUUUCUACUUUAUUAAACCUGUAGAUUUUUUUAAAGUAA